AUGAAAGGCCUGAUAAGGCCUUUUGGCAUUUUACUAUUGGUCAGUUCGUGUACUGUUGAUGCUGGCAUUUUCAUCAAGGCAAAAGAUCCUCGUAUUAUUCAAGAGGCCGUCUGGCUCUAUUCUAAUUCCACCGCCAUCACUUCAAUUGCACCCGAUGUACCAGCAAACCGAUUUUCACUUACAAUUGCACCGUUAGAUCACUUACCUAUGCCUCCCGUAGAUGGUGCAAACGGUGUACUUUAUAAUCGAGAAUAUUCAUGCUCAUCUGACACAAUUAUUCAACCCAUUCCUAUUCCAUUUUACGCCGAUAGUCCCAAACUAUCCAAAGUACCCAAAAUUGCCUUGAUCAAAAAACAAGGUGGUAAUU